GGCGCACGACGCUGACACGCUCCCUUGUAAACAUUGCUUGGCCAAGCUAUAGUGCUACCGUCAUCCGUACGAAUUAAACUAGUGUGCCUGUAUACCAAGAAGAAACACGAAAUACUAAUCAAUGGUAUUUAAGUAAUUAACAAAUUGUGAAUUCUCAAAACAAUCCUAACUUUUAUUAAACAACGUGCAGUGCACUGACUAUGGUUUAAACAGUGAUACCUUUCAAUAUAACUAGGUGAUUCGAAGAAUGUAAAUCUGUCAAGGAUGUUAAAUUAAUUCUGAGUGUUCUUUGUACCUAUUUAUUUAACUGUGCGGUAUUAAGUGCUUUUUGUUAAGUUCUAGUGAAGUUCGUGAGUGAAUUUUGAUAAUAGUUUAGACUCGAAGUUUAUACAAAGUCUAUUUCAGGGGGAUGACAAGAAUGGCGCUAAGCUGUCACAGCAUCGCGUUAACCACGCUCGUGAUCAUUGCAACUAUAGCUCCUCACUUCAGUGCACAACCACCAUCAGCUGACAAAGCAAUAGAUAAAGAUCGAAUAUAUAGACAAACUGCAGUAAAAUCAGGUAAAAAUGUUGCAACAGCACCAAAAUGGGGAUUUUUUGGUACAAUAUUCCACUUAAUUUUAGAGCAAAUCAACGAUACGAAAAGUGCUUACAAUCAAAUAUCUGAUUUAGUUAAUAAUCAAUUCUCUGAUGACAAUGCUAUAACUAUGCCCCCCGAAACAGUUAAUGGAACCACACAAACCCCGAAAAUAUCCAGAUCAGAAUUUCUAAAAAUUCUUGAACGUAAUCUUAAAGGCUUGGUUCGUCUCAGAAAUUUAGAAUGGCGAGAGGCAAAAAAAGAUUCCAUGACAAAUUUACGGGAAUAUAAAGAUGAGAUAUUUAGAGGAAGAAAAAACGUCGGUGAAAGAAAAAAAGGACAAUCAAAUAGUAAAGCCUAAUACUAAAAUGAAAAUUUCGUUUUUACAUGCGAAGACUUAUUUUUUUAUUAGGUGAACAUUAAAGUGUUGGAUAUAUUUAAUCAUAUUUGAAUGAACUUAAAAAAUUGUACUUUGUAUUUUUUAAAAUCCAGUCAAAAGAAGUAAAGUAUACUUAGAACUCCAAGUGUAAUCCUUAAUAAAACCUAAACCAUAUCUACCUAUUUACUAAAAAAAAAGCAAUUAAUAAACAAAAGAAAAAAAUCACGUCGAUAAAAGGAUAAAGGAUUUUAAUCACCUCUCACUAAAUCUCAUCAUCGAGAAAGGAUCAUACUUCAGGUUAAGAUUUGUAAAAAUAAUUCUUAUUAUUAAAAAUAUUAAUAUUAAUCUUAUUAUUAAUAA